AUGCACAUCCCUAGUUUCCUUGGGGCCAUCCUGCUCGCCUCCGUACUUGCUCUGGGUCGACCCUAUGACUUUGGUGUGGAUGUCGAAAGUCUGACCCGACGCCAGGAAGACCGGAUCUUGGUUGGCCGGCUUCCAGUUGCUUCUAAUGGAAGCGUUCCACAUCGUCUCGAAAUACGCCAAAUGAGAGCCGAUCCAUAUAAAUGGGACUUGUUCAUCCUGGCUCUGAGUAUGUUUCAGUCAGUCAGUCAGAGCGAUCCCCUUUCAUGGUACCAGGUCGCAGGAAUCCACGGCGUGCCAUUUCGGAGUUGGAAUGGGGUUGAGCCAGUCCCGGGCGCCAACAUGUCGGGCUACUGCACGCACAGUUCGGUUUUAUUUCCAAUUUGGCACAGGCCGUACUUGGCGCUGGUCGAGCAAGAGGUCUUCAGACUGGCAAACUUCAUUGCCAGCAUGUUUACAAACACGACCGAGCGGGAGAUCUACCAGCGAGCAGCAUCGGACAUUCGAUUCCCUUACUGGGAUUGGUCUCUUCCUGCGCCACCCGGACAGACUCACCUCCCGGAUGUAUUCUGGCAUCCUACAGUCACGCAAUAUGGCCCCAUGGGACUUCAAACCAUCAGAAACCCCCUUUAUUCCUACAUUUUUAACCCUGUCGAGGAGGACGCAUUUAUAUGGAGCCCACUCAACUCCUGGCAAGAAACCAAGAGAGCGCCGGCGACCGAUAUCAGUCUUGCGUCUCCUCCAUCAAUGAACAAGGAUGUGAGUGAAGCACUGCUAGGGAAGCUUUCUGAAAUCCAACAGAGGCUGUAUAUCAUAUUUUCGAACUACAAAGACUUCAACUCCUUUGGCAACAAGGCUUGGGCCGUAUCACAAAACUUAUCGUCCUGGGACUCGAUCGAAGCAAUCCACGAUAUCAUCCACAUCUAUGGCGGCCUUAGGGGUCAUAUGACAUACGUUCCGCUGUCUGCUUUUGAUCCUCUGUUUUUUAUUCAUCAUGUGUCUAUGGAUCGCCUCAUAGCCAUGUGGCAGGUUCUCAACCCCAACGCGUGGAUGCUCCCGAUGGCGACUGGAGAGACAAGCUACAACAGUUUAAAGGGAAUGGUCCAAAAUUCCAAAACGCCCCUGACUCCCUUUUACAUAUCAUCAGACGGAACUUUCUGGGACUCAGACAUGGCUCGAUACACUCAUACAUUUGGCUAUACCUACGCUGAUGUGGACCCUACCCUGGCUGGCAAUGAAGGAUUGCGUGAAAGCCUGAUCAGAAAGAUAAAUAUUUGGUAUGGAAGCUCUAGCCCGAUCAGCUUGCGUUUCAUGGCAAAGGGGCACGGCAACUUCGUCAAUCACCACGGGAGCACUAUUCACAAACCUAUAGGGACCAAGGGCGCGAAAUCAGAAGCAACUGAUCACUUGAAACGCGGAAAUACUUUGUCUAGUGCUUUGAUCAAAGGAGACCGCUACAAUGAGUGGAUCGUGAACGUUCAUGCGAAUAUGGAGGCUCUCCAUGGCUCCUACGCGGUUCACCUCUACCUCAACGACAAGCCUCAUUUGAAUUGUCGUACGAUAAUAGAAAACAAGGUUGGAACUGUCGACAUUUUUACAAUGAGGAAAAUGACUGGCUCGAAUACCAAAAUCUCGGGGGCGGUUCCUCUAACGAGCUCACUGCUGGGAAAGGUAGCAAGCGGUGACAUCCCCCACCUCGGUGCGAGUGCAGUGGUCCCGUUUCUCCAGAAAAAGCUGAGAUUUCAAGUGCGCAAUGGCGAUGGCAACGUGGUCGAUCCAAACCUUGUGGAAGGACUUUACGUUGGGGUCAGCAGCACCGAGGUGAAAAUCCCAGCUGUAGAUACCGAGCUUCCCAGAUGGGGGCGGUCAGUGGCAAGGCUCAAUCUGUGGUCUUGA